AAUCCCUGGAUUAAAAACAACACAUGUCCACAUUUUUCUUUUCUUCUUCUUCUCCUCAUAAAUAUAUUAUAAAUGUUUUAAGGAGAAAAAGAAAUUCCUUUUAUUUGCUUCAAACAAAAAAAAAUUAUUUUCCCAAUUUAUCCUACGGGGGAAUAUUUUGUGUUUGUGCAAAAAGGUGCUUUAGGAAAAUUCAGUGCAAAAGUGUUUUUGUUAUAAAGUAUUGUGGUGUUCUUUUUUUGUUGUUGAAUUAUUAUAUUAAUGUGUUAUUUAUUAUAAAAGUAGAGCAGUAAAUUUUUGAGGUUAGAGAUGAAUUCGGGAAAUUUUUCUUCUUUUUUUUAGAGAAAAAAAAAGAGAGGGAGAGUUAGAGAGUGCUGUGAAAGAUUUUUUUGUCCAUAUCGUAUAUUAUAAAAUAGGAUAUUACGGAAAUUACGAAUGUGAUAAAGUGAUUAAUUCUUGGGUCAAUUGUAACUUAAUUUUUUCGGAGAAAAAAAAUGAUGUUGAUUGACGCUGAAUGUACUUGUGGAAGUUUCAAAGGAACUGGAGAACCUUAUACAGGUGAAAAAUGUAAACACAGUGAAAAGGCCCUUAAUUUAAUUGAAUCAAGGAAAACGAUUUCUAAAAUCGGAGUUCUUAGAGAAUGCGAGAAAUGCGAGAAUGAGAAUAAAAUUACACCUCCAGUUGUUGAAGAUGGGAUUGAACCAUGUCCGCCGGGAAUGUGGAUGUGUCUACAAUGUGGAAAUCAAGCUUGCGGAAAUAGUGACAGAAAUCAUGCGAAUCAACAUUUUAAUACUCCAAGAACAGGUUCACAUUGUUUAGUUAUUGACACUUAUGAAUGGAAACUCUGGUGUUAUCAAUGCAAUGGUUAUAUUAAUCCAAAAUCAUGUUUUCGUAUGUCUCGACUUGUGACUGAUAUUAUAAGAAUGUCGACUGAAGCGACAAAGAGAAAGAAAUCAUCGCCGAAAGCCUCAAAGAAAGAAGUAGCGGAAUUGAAAAAAGUGAAAGUAAAAUUUGAAGUCGGAUUUACAAAAGUAGUUGGACUAUCGAAUUUAGGUAACACUUGUUUUUUCAAUGCAGUCCUUCAGUGCUUGGCGCAAACGCCAUUUUUGUUGAAGGUCCUCGAAGACAUGCAAAUACCUGGACAAACAUUUGUCCUUCCCGGUGGAAUGUACAAAAAGCCGGGAGGUACCGAGAAAAUUUUACUGCCACCAAUUGAGGGAACUUUGGACAAAGAAUGCUCCUUGACUCAAGUUCUACAGAAAACUUUAACCGACAUGCAAAAUUCAAAUGGCGAAACUUAUAAACCAAGUGAACUUUUGAAUAGUUUGCGGAAAAAGAAUACGCAAUGCAUGGACGGUGGUCAACACGAUUCACACGAACUUUUGAGGCAUUUAUUGGAACAAGUUCGCAGUGAAGAUCUUCGCCGUUAUCAGGAAAUAAUAUUAAAAAAUCUUGACUUGUAUAAAAAAGCAAAGAAUAAUGAUGACGAUAAAGUGUGGAAACUGAAAUUAUAUGGACAUCAGGCGAGUGCACGUUUAUUGGGCACUGAGCCGGUUUUCAAAGGUAUUCUCGUUUCUACACUCGAAUGUCUCGAGUGUCAUCAUUCGACAAGAAGAACCGAAUCAUUUUUAGAUCUCAGUCUACCAGUUAUGGUCGAUAAACCACAACCGCCAUCUCAUAGGAGGAAAAGCAGUGGUUUCGAGGACGCAUUCGAUUUAAUGAAUAGCAAUAAUUCGUCGAAAAAUGCGCACAAAUCAUCGAGAAAACGAAUGAAGAGAGUUGCGAAAUCCAAGAAUUCAAAGCAGAAGAAUUACUCGGCGUCGGGAAGCGAAUCAGAUGCGGAGGAUAAUGCCGAGACGGACGCUGACACAGAAUCAAAUUCCAAAUCACAAGAAAUAAAUGAAUCUGGUUAUAGUUCAGAGAAACCGUCUCAAUUAACGAGUCCAGCCUCACCCGAUAAUGAUUCUUCAAAUGAAAUAAGAAACGAUUCAACUGUGAAUUCAAUGAAUGAAUGUGAAUCGAUUGAAAAUAAUUGCGAAUUAGUGGAAAAUGGAAAUAGUCAAGAGAAAAUGAAUUCAAUGGUUGUUGAUAAUAAUGAAGACGAUAAUGAUAAUAAUGAUAAUAAUGAUGAUGAUGAUAGUAGUAAAUUACAGAAAUUUAUUGAAUUAAAUCUAGAGAUUUCAAAUGUAAAAAAUGAUAAACAAUUUCUCGAUGAAUCGCCAUUGAAUAAUGAUGAAUUGCCAGAAAAUAAUUUAAUUACAAAUGUGAAUAAUUCCAGUGAAAGUUCAUCGUCGAGUCCAGUGAAUGAGAAGGAAGUGAAUGACGAGAAAUUAAUUGUCAAUGAUAAUGGGGAGGAGACGAAAGAAAAUGGAGAGGACACUGAGGAAAAGUCUUUAAGGUACGCGCGGGAAGAGAAGGAGGACAAAAAGGUGAAUUCGAAAGUUAAUAACGAAUGUAAUAAUGAUUAUUCGAAAACAAAUGGUGUGGAAAAAAUAAGAAGUGAGAUGUCGCAAAUGAAAAUUAGUCAAGUGAGUCAAUCGCCCUCGCGAUACACAACGUGCGAGGGAGAAUUUUCCAUUCAAUCAUGUUUAAAUCAAUUCACUGCGAAGGAAUUAAUGGCUAAUAAUAAUGCCGUUGGAUGUGAGGCUUGCACUGCCAGGGAAAAUAAGGGUAAAGAAAAUGGUAAAAUGGUUCGUACGCCAAGUACAAAGCAAUAUCUCAUCUCAAAUGUACCGGCUGUUUUGAUUCUGCAUUUAAAACGUUUUCAAUCGCACAGAAUGUCAUUUAGUAAAGUAACGAAAUAUGUGAAAUUUCCAACAGUACUGAAUUUGGCGCCUAUUUGUGAAAAUCACGAUGUGCCGAAAGUUUAUUCGCUUUAUGGUGUUGUUGAGCACAGUGGGACACUUUACGGUGGACAUUAUGUUGCUUACGUCAAGACAAGACAACCGCUGAGUCCAGAUGAUCCUCGAUGGUCGUUUCUUCCAAAACAAGAAUCAACGGAAUCAGAGACACUUGAAAAUAAUGAAACUACGAAUUCGGAAGAAAAGAGCGAGAAAAUUUCUAAUUCUUCAAAUGUCGAAUCACUUCCGGGACAAUGGUACUAUAUUUCCGACUCGAGGGUAACCGAAACAGACGAAAAUACAGUUCUCAAAUCUCAAGCGUACCUUCUUUUUUACGAGCGAAUUUUGUGAAGAACAAUCACUUGAAUUACGGCGCACAAUUAAUUUACCGCAUUUUUUUUUCGAAAAUAGAUUAUUUUGAGAAAAAGAAAAGAAAUUUAUCGUAAAGCAAAAAAAAAAUAGUAAUAAUAAUAAUUUUAAUAAUAGGAAUAAUAAUAAUAAUAAUAUUAAUAUUAA